CUCCUAUCUCCUCCAGUGAUGAUCGUCCCAGUCUCUGCCUGAGCAACACACGAAUUUUAUCCAUCCAUCCCUGACUGCUGCUGUUCGUCGCAAAUGGAAGCGGCAGCCGCUACCUCCUCCCCCUUGCUGUCGCUCUCUGGCGCAAGGAGGUCGCCGACCCUUCUCCGCUGCUCCCCGGCGCCAGCUAGGCCUCCUCCCUACCGAUGUAGCAGCUACUACACCGGCGCAGAGCGGCAGCUAGUCUACCUCACCAGCACAAGCAGCAGGGGCUUGUCCUUGAGGUGCUCCGCCGCCACCGCCGGCAGCACGUCGACGGAAGGAUGGCUUCUCGAGCCCGCAGGUGACGGCGACUGGAAACACAUCGGCUACCGCGUCGAGCGCCGCGGUCCGAUCGAGAUCACCUCUUCUGACGUGGUGACCGUGGGCAGGGUUCCAGAGAGCGCUGACAUCGUCAUCCCCGUCGCCACGGUUUCCGGCGUGCACGCUCGGCUGGAGAAGAAGAAGGACGGGAGCCUGGUGGUGACAGACAUGAACAGCACCAACGGCACCUACAUCAACGAAAGGAAGCUGGUGCCAGGGUUCCCCGUGGCCGUCAACUCCGGGAGCCUCCUAAUCUUCGGUGACAUUCACCUAGCAAUGUUUCGUGCGAGAAAGGCACUCUUCCAAGUGCCUGCCCCAGACGAGACUGGAGAAAAUGACGAGCAGGAAGUAAACAAUGAGGUACUAGCAAGCGUAACUGAAGAAACAAGCUAAGCUACAACCCUACAUCCCAAAUAAGAGUGGAAGAUGUAUAUCUGUAGCUAGAAAGGAGGAAAGUUGAUGUCCCAAAUAAAAGGUAACUGAGUGAGGCAUUGCAAAAUUGUAUUGUACUUGUAGAGGUAAAGCAUAUUCAUCAGGUUUUGCUGAACUCAGAAACGCAAGACAAAACCGAAACCUGACCAUCCCAGACAUCCACUGCCAGAAUAGAACAUCAUAACAGAAGCUCCUUGUCUAAUGAGCAAAGUUUCUUCCUAAGAAAUGCCAAGCGCAAUACAAAAUCUAAAGGCUGUAUGGUCCAAAUGCUUA